AGAAGGCCUGAAAAACAGAGUGCUGAUUGAAUUAACCUGGCAGGCCCUAAGACCAAAACUGGACAGAAGAACUACAGAUCUGUCAGAUUCACAUCAAUAGUGAGAAAGCUGAUGGAGGUCAUCAUAUGAGAUAAGUAUCAGCUUGCAGACUGCCAUGGAAAUUCCUGUUUUGCUUCAAACAGUCAAUGGGAGUGAACUGCCCUCCAGCAUUGUGUUCGCCUUAGUUUGAAACAAACAGCUUCACGAUGAGGUAGAGCCCCGCCCCGAAAAACAUAGGCGUUCAGACUCGCUGAAAAUCCUUCCUUCAGUCCCGAUCAGUAUUCCAUGACGAUGACAGGGAUGAAGCAGAUUGAGAAAUUUCUGAAGAAACAGACCUCGACCCUGACCAGAAGCCGUGUGGAAAAGGACAGCAUUUUCCCGGGGACCCUGAAGCGACGGCCGAGCGCUUCCAAAAUACUCCCGUUCCUGAAGGAUGCGGUUUCCAGCAGUGACAGCCCCAGCCCCAAAGAUGAGUUUAGCCCAGACAUUGGAUGCCUGGAGAGCAAAUGGACGGACACGGAGGACGACCUGACCAGUCCUUCCCUGUCGUCGGGAGAAAUCAGCCCCAAUGGGUCCACGCUCAGCAGUAAGUUGUGGCAUCUCUCGGACACCCCCGAGAACAUUGUGGAGCACGUGCUGGAGGGACUGCUGGAGACAACCAAGAACAGUGCGGAUGCAGAGAUUCUGCUGGAUGAUUUUCUCCUCACCCACUCUGUCUUCAUGCCAACAGACAAGCUACUGCAAGUUUUACACAAACAGUACUGCAUGAGUGCUUCCGAAAGAGCUGAAAGCUGGAAUGAAGCUUGCCCUCAGUUAAAGAAACAGAAAGUUUUGAGAAUCACGGUCGAGUGGGCAGAGAAGUGCAAGGAUCUUCUGCUGGAAGAUGAAGUUGCAGUAAGGUUGCUCAAGGACCUGAACAGUAUCGCCAGAAAGGACCUUCACAUCUAUCCUAAUCUCAAAGAAGAGCUGACAAGGCUCAAGCACAUCGUGGAUACCGUGGAAUACAGGUCACCUGAAGAAUGCAGCCACUUGAGAAAGAAACAGGUUAAACCUCUCUUUCGUCACUUCAGUCGUACUGACAUCUGCCUGCAGCAGCGGGAGCCCCUGCGUGGUACAGAUGAGAUUUUCUGUCGUGUUUAUGCGAGUGAUCACUCCUAUGUCACCAUCAAGAGCAGACUGUCAGCAUCGGUGCAGGAGAUUGUAUUGUCUGUAGCUGAAAAACUUCAGCAUUCUGAAGAAGAAUCCAAGGAACCAGUGCACAAGAACUUGCUGCUGGUCGCUUUAAGAUCAUCGGGGGAGAAAACAAUGUUUCGGUUGGACGAAGAUUCCGUGUUUACCACAUUGGGCGUUAACACUCACCUGUUUGCUUGUACAAAGGAAUCUGUAGAGUCUUUGGUCCCCCCACCAGCUGUCGAAAGGCUCCCUCACGAAGGACCAGAAAUCAAUGAAAUGAACAUGGUGGAAAUGGCUAACCAGAUCACGACAUUUGACUGGGAGCUUUUAAAUUGCGUACAUGAGCUGGAGCUGAUCCAUUACGUCUUCAGGAAUGAGAGCAUUCGGAGGCGAACGGCAAACCUGGAGCUGGUGCUGCAGCGCUGCAGUGAGGUGCAACACUGGGUGGCUACCGAGAUACUGAUGUGUGAGCGCCUGGGCAAACGAGUGCAGAUUCUCAAAACCUUCAUUAAUAUCGCAGUUCUCUGUAAGGAGAAGCAGAACCUGUUCUCAUUUUUCGCCAUCAUCAUGGGCUUGUGCAAUGCUGCUGUCAGUCGCCUGUGCCUGACCUGGGAGAAACUGCCUGCAAAAUGCAAAAAGCUGUUCCAGAAAUUUGAGAGCUUAACGGAUCCCUCACGAAACCAUAAAUCCUACAGAGACACCAUUGCCAGGAUGAAGCCUCCACUUAUUCCUUUUGUACCCUUGCUACUGAAAGACAUGACAUUCAUACAUGAGGGCAACAAAACAUUCUUGAAUCAAUUGGUGAACUUUGAAAAGAUGCAUAUGGUGGCCAAUGCAGUACGGACCAUGAGGAAAUAUCGAAGUACCCCGCUCGAGCUGGAUUCUGACCCGGCUGCAAACCACAUUGAGAUUAAAGCGUACAUCCGGCAGCUCCACGUGAUUGACAAUCAGCAGUUACUUUAUGACCUCUCUUAUCGACUGGAGCCCAAGGACCCGUAAUCACGAGGUGCUCUGCAAUGCUCGCUGACGGCAUUGGAAGUGUAUGUGGCUGUGCCACUGCUGGAUUGAACUGUGUGUGUGUGUGUGUGUGUGUGUGUGUGUGUGUGUGUGUGUGAGUGAAACCGUGUAGAGCCAUCGACCUACAUAGAGAUGCUGUGCCUACCGCAAGCUGAAUGUGCCCUACAGAAGCUGACCUCAAGGACUGCCUUUAGACCUAUUCCAGACACCUUCAGUAUAUUGGACUGGUCUGCUAUGGCCCAGGGACACUUGUGGUGUGUGCCCAGUGUUCUUACAAGAAUUUUGUGCACUGAUGUAGGACCUUAAGCAGGGAGCACUGAAUGCCUGCAAGUUGUCUAAGACUAUUACCCUUGAAAUGUUCUGUUUAAAGAAACUGUGGGCUUGCAUGUUCAAAGAAUAUCCACUUUCAACUAACACAGGAUGGGUAAGUGGAGAGGGAGUGGGAGUGUUGUGUAUGGAUCUUUCUCAGGAACAUCCUCAUUCCUGCUUUUGCCCAGAAUGAUUCACUUUCACUGAAGAUCAAAAUCAAACGUCCUCAGUAUUUACACUGCUGUAAUAUAAUGGAUAGUGACCCAGGACUUUGGCUCCCUCUGUUGGCAAGGAGUAAAUCGCAUGAAGUCUGAACCGGCUCUGGUGUGUGCCAAUUGCAUCGUACCUGGCCUGAUGUGAACCAGUAAUAACACUGCUUGCCUUCACGCCCCCACCUACACAUCCCCCUCCCUAUUUUAAAUAUUUGUUAACUGUGCCUCCAUUUAAUAAGACCUACCACCUCAUUGCCUCCUUCAGAUGACAGAACACUGUCUCCUCACUUGAUAUUGAUGGCACCCUGAACUAGGAGGAAAGAUGCAAGAACAACCUGCAGAAUCAAAGGGAGGGAUGCACCCCACGCUCUUUCUAUUCCCUGUUUUGCCUCCAUGUGUAUUGGGAGACUGCAGUUUUACCCCUCUGUUCUGGGAAUUUACAACUGCAACACCAUGCACAUCCAACAGGUAGAGCAUUAUGAGGGUGUGCCAUUGGAGGAGAAGAUUUACACAUCAGUCCCACACCCAGCAUUGUGCAUGUUUAGAGUUGUAUCCAUUUUUGAUUUGUUGUAGAAUUUCAUUGUAAUAUAAGAUGGAUCAAUUAUUUUUUCAGUUUUUAAUUUCAGUGUUGCAUUUAGAAAAUUAAUUUUUACAAUUUUUUCAAUUUUGUACAAAGAAUGCUUUUUUCUCAUGUGGAUUUUAUUUUGAAUUUACCGGGUGUAGAUAUGUAGUGUUCAUCAAACUAUCUCUGUUGUCUGCUUGUAAAAAAAGCACUUACAGAUCAGACUGAAAUUAUGCAUAAGAGAAUAAACAAUUUUUUUAAA